GGCAGCGGGAGGAGGAGGAGGAGGAGGAGGAGGAAGAGGAGAGAGAGAGAGAGGCAGUCACACACCCCGGAGAGCUUACACAGGCGAAGUCUCGGCCAUGGAUAUGGAUAUGGAGAAGGAGUUUCAUGAGGCUGAUAGGAAGAACAGCUGGGGGUCUAACUAUCAGGAAAUCCGAAAUCAAGCCAGUGACUUUCCGUGCAAAGUGGCGAGGCUGCAAGAGAAUAAAGCCCGAAACCGCUACAGAGACGUCAGUCCUUUUGACCACAGUCGAAUAAAACUGCACCGAGAGGACAAUGACUACAUUAACGCCAGUCUUAUCAAGAUGGAAGAGGCACAAAGGAGCUACAUUCUUACCCAGGGGCCUUUGCCAAAUACCUGUGGUCAUUUCUGGGAGAUGAUUUGGGAACAGAAGAGCAUAGGAGUGGUUAUGCUCAACAGAGUGAUUGAAAAGGGAUCAAUCAAGUGUGCACAGUACUGGCCAAAGAAAGAAGACAACUCCAUGGUGUUCGACGACUCAAACUUGAAGUUAACAUUACUUUCAGAAGACAUCAAGUCCUAUUACACGAUACGACAACUCAUGCUGGAAAACCUCAGUACACAAGAAACCCGUGAAAUCCUGCACUUUCAUUACACCACAUGGCCUGAUUUUGGAGUCCCAGAGUCACCUGCAUCAUUCCUUAACUUCCUGUUUAAAGUCCGAGAAUCGGGCUCCCUCAACCCAGAAUAUGGACCCAUUGUGGUGCACUGCAGCGCCGGUAUUGGUAGAUCUGGAACAUUUUGUUUGGCGGAUACUUGUUUGCUUCUGAUGGACAAAAGGAAAGACCCUUCUUCGGUUGAUAUUAAGCAAGUUCUACUAGAAAUGAGAAAAUACCGAAUGGGCCUCAUACAGACAGCCGAUCAACUGCGAUUCUCGUAUCUUGCCGUAAUUGAGGGGGCAAAGUUUAUUAUGGGAGACUCUUCCGUGCAGGAACAAUGGAAGGAGCUUUCCAAUGAAGACUUGGAUCCUCCACCAGAACACACGCCACCUCCCCCCAGGCCUCCAAAGCGGACCACUGAGACACCCAAUGGCAAAGUGUACGAGCAGUCUGAAUUUUUCCCACAACAAAUCGUAGAGGAAGUCAUCAGGCGCGCAGUCAGCGUGGUAGAAGAGUCUGUACCCGAUGGCACAAUCCUCUCAUCUCCUCAGCAACCUGCAGAAAGCACUCGUCCGGACACUGAAAUUCGAAGGAGAGUCGUCGAUGACCAAGUCCACUCCAACCCCAGCCCCGAAGAGAAGCUCAAAUCGGAAAGUGAGGACAAUAACAAGGGCCCAGAAUGGAAGUCGUUUGUGAUGAACAUUUGCAUGUUCGCUGUUCUGACAGCGGGGGCCUGCCUCCUCUACAGGGUCUGGUAUCAUUAAUGGACACGCCAGCAAGGAUCCACCCCCACCCCCCCACAGUCUUUGACUUGUCUGUAAUUGAGUUCUUCAUGACAAAAAGCCAGUUGGUAAUUGGAACAACAUAAGAAAGGCAAAGCUAAGCUGAUCUUCAGUUUGGCCACUCUAAGCUUUAAAGGCUGGAACUUCGCCAGGGCUUCUAUGAGAGUCACUGCACUAGGGUUUGUAGUAGCCCUGAAGCCCCCGAAAAAAAAGGAUAAUGCUGAAAUCUCAGGGCCAUCAAUCAAUUCAGGAGUAAGCAGAAACAAACAAAAUGCCAAAUAUUUUUUUUUUUUUUUUGGGAAUAAAAUAGUGGUAUUACAACA